CAUGGGCAUCAUGAACUCGUUCGUGAGCGACAUCUUCGAGCGCAUCGCCGGCGAGGCCUCCCGCCUGGCUCACUACAACAAGCGGUCCACGAUCACCUCCAGGGAGAUCCAGACCGCCGUGAGGCUGCUGCUGCCCGGGGAGCUGGCCAAGCACGCCGUGUCCGAGGGCACCAAGGCCGUCACCAAGUACACCAGCUCAAAGUAGACCGGCACCAAGUAGACCGUCCCGCCGCCUUAGUCCCACCAAACCAACGGCUCUUUUAAGAGCCACACACUCCUCCUUUAAGAGCAA